AUGGAAUCCACCUUCCAUGACGAAAAGACAGAUGUGCCUCACAGUGACGAAAAUCCUAUUCCAAAACCCCCAGAAUCCUACACUUGCGAAUCAGAAAACGAAUCAGAUCAUGGCGAUCGAGUGAUUCGUCAGGAAGAAGAUAUGCCAUCAACGUCAAGAGAUCCUGAUUUUAUACCGAGCACGUCAUGCCACCAACCGCACAAAAUAACACAGUCAGAAUUAAAUGAUCUUGUAAGAGAUUUAGAACUGAAGGCAGAGUUACUUGGAUCAAGACUGCAGCAAUGGAACUUAUUAGAAAACGAUGUUUCGGUAUGUGUUUUUCGUAAACGCCACAAGGACUUAGAACCGUUUUUCAAUAUGGAGAAUAACUUGGUUUUCUGCAGUAACAUUAACGGCUUACUGGCGGCUUUAAAUAUAAACUAUAACCCAGAAGAAUGA